CUCUUCUUCUUUGUGCAGCCCGACAAACCCCCCCAAAGCCACCGACUUCCUCUCCUUUGAAAACCGAAAAAGGGGCUUGAAAUUCUCCUUCUUUCUUGUUCAAUCACAAGAUUUGGGGCUUAGAAUCUUCUCCCUCAACCCAGAAAAUCCCGGUCUGCUCUACUUCUUCCUCCCUUGUCCGUCGGGUUCUGCUGGGUUUGAAUCCUUCGACUUUUUCUGGUAAGCCACAGCCAAGAAAUCAUCUCCUUAGCCUUGAUUUAACUUGGGUUACUCUAAUUUUUGGUUGUGGUUCUUGAAUUUUGGGUAGUUUCCGUGAGUUUCCCCUGCAGAUGCCGCCGGCUUCUUCUCCCUUCCAAGUCCGGUUCUGCAGCUGGAUUUUCUGGUAUGUUGACAGCCCCUCCAAGCCCCGAAUUUGUCCAUUUAUUUGCUGAUUUGUGUGUCCGAAAAUCUGCUGGAAAUAGGGGAGAAAAUUGAUAGUAAUUAGACCAUGAUUUAACUUAAUUCAAGUGGGAUUUAUAUGAUUGAGUGUUAAUUGUCUGUUGGGUGAUUUUUGGAGAAAAUCCCGUUUAGUUUGUGAUAUAAGAAUGAAAUUGGAGAUGUUGGGUUAUGUGGAGAUUGAUAGAAAUAGCACUGUGAUUGGGGGUAGUGUUGAUGAUGAUUUCAGUUUGAAUUUAUGGUAGUGCGAUAUUAAUUCUUGGAAUAUUGUGAUUAGGUUUUGAUCAUUCUGUCACCGUAGCACUUGGGUUAGCCUUUUGUUCUGUGCGAGUGAGGAAGCAAAACCGAGGACGGGGAAAACCAAGGGGAGUGACGAGUUAGAAGGCUAGCCAUCUUGUAAAGUGAAUAUAGAUUUGAGAUGUAGAUCGUGAUCUUAAGAGUUAGAGUGUAUGUGGAGAUUUUUGAUAUCAGAGCAGACUGUAAAGAUUUUAUCUUGAGAUUUUGUGGUAUCCGAUUGUGAUUUGAAUAAGUUCCGAGCCUUGUGCACUUGUGGGACCCGUCUCACGAGUGCACGGCGUCUGUCGCGCCUCGGAUUUGGGUUCUGGGGCGUGACAAUUUUUUUUGAAGAUGCAUGAAGUUAUUGGUCAAUUUAUUUGACCAAAAUACUAUUAAUUUUCUUGAGAGAAUGUUGCAAGAAUUUCAAUUAUUUUGUUUGGGCAAAAUGUAUGACCAAAAUAGCAAAAUUAUGGGUGCGUUUGGGAUUGCUGUGAAGUGUUGUGGUUGUAGCUGUGGCUGUACUGAAUUAUGUUAUGUUGUGCUAUAGUUGUGGCUGAAAGCUAUUUUGGUGUUUGGUUUUUUAUUUCUUAAAAGUAUUACAAACGAAAUAUAAUAAAAUUUAUUAAUUAUU